CCCCCUAAGCCACCGACUGCCUCUUCCUUCGAAAACCGGUAAAGAGGCUUGAAAUUUCUCCUUCUUUCUUGCUUAAUCACAAGAUUUGGUGCGUAGAAUUCUCUCCCUCAACCCAGAAAAAUCCCAGAUCUGCGCUGUCUUCUUCCCUCUGUCCGUCGGCCUCUGCUUGUGUGGGUGUGAAUUUUCGGUUUUUCGGGUAAGAUCUAGCCAUGAAUCCCUCUCUUUAACCUUGAUUUAGGUUGGGUUUACUUUAAUUGCUUUAUUCCCUUCCAAUUUCUGGUAGAGCCGUGAGCCUCCCCCCCUGCAAUCCCGUCAGCCCCAUGCUCGCCUGGUGCGGGUUCUGCUGGUCCAAAAAAAGAAGGGAAUUCUGGUUUUGAUCAUUCUGUUAUCGUAGCACUUGGGUUAGCCUUCUGUUCUGUGCGAGUAAGGAAGCGAAACUGUGGACGGGGAAAUCAAGGGGAGUGAUGAGUUAGAAGGCUAGCCACUUGUAAUUGAUAUAGAUUUGAGAUAUAGAUCAUGAUGUUGUAAACUAGAGUUUAAUUGGAGAUUUUAUAAAUUCAUUUAGUGGAUUGUUAGUUUAUAAGAGAUUUGAUCUGGAAAUUUUGAGUUUAAGUCAUGUUGGACAUAGAAUUAAUUUUGAAAUAUCCGAUCUAAGUUAUUGGAUUGUUAGAUGUGAAAUGGAUAAGUUUCGAGCCUUGUGCAUUCGUGGGACCCGUUCACAAGUGCACGACGUCUGCCACGUCCUCGGGUUUGGGUUUUGGGGCGUGACAAUUACAUACCACAAAUGAUCUAAAUAAUCAGGGAAAAUAGUU